CUUUUUUGCUCAUGGUCUUCUUUUUUAUUUUAUUUCAUUUCGUUUGAGAAGAUCUUAUUGGGCUCAUUUCACAGAUCAGAAAACUGAGGCUCAGAGAAAUUACAUGACGUGCCCUAGGUCCUAUGGCAGCCGGCUCUGACUGCACAAGGCCAGACGUGUGACCCUUCCAGCCAGCCAUGCCCCUGCUGCCCGGCACCGUGGGCCUGGCAGGCCUGCUCUUCUGGGCAGGCCAGACAAUGAACACCUUGAUGCCCAAUGCCACCCUGGCACUGGCCCAGACCGAGGGCACAGCUGUGCGACCCCUGACUGGCCUGGGGGUGCCCCGGUACCGGCGGAAGCGCCACAUCUCUGCCCGGGACAUGAGUGCCUUAUUGGAUUAUCACAACCACAUCCGGGCCAGCGUGCACCCACCUGCCGCCAACAUGGAGUAUAUGGUCUGGGACAAGCGGCUGGCCAGGUCUGCUGAGGCCUGGGCCACGCAGUGCAUUUGGGCCCACGGGCCCUCACAGCUGAUGAGAUACGUGGGCCAGAACCUCUCCAUCCAUUCUGGCCGGUACCGCUCGGUGGUGGAUCUCGUGAAGUCUUGGUCUGAGGAGAAGCGUCAUUACUUGUUCCCGGUCCCGAAGGACUGCACCCCGCGCUGCCCCUUGCGCUGCAGUGGCCCUGUGUGCUCUCACUAUACCCAGAUGGUGUGGGCAUCUUCCAAUCGGCUGGGCUGUGCCAUCCACACCUGUGGCAGCAUCCGUGUCUUGGGCAGCACCUGGCGCCAGGCUGUGUACCUGGUCUGCAACUACGCCAUUAAGGGCAACUGGAUCGGCGAGGCGCCAUACAAGAUGGGGAGGCCGUGUUCAGCCUGCCCUCCCAGCUACCAAGGCAGCUGCAACAGCAACAUGUGCUUCUAG